UAACAUUGAUAAUGUGCAAAUCGAUGUUGAUAAUAUAUCUGUUUAUGAUGACUCUAAUAAUGAUGACCUUUCUAAUGUUAGUGAUAAUGCUGAUAAUUUUUCUAUUUAUAAUAAGCUAGUAGAGAAUGAUGAGGCUGUAAAUAUUGUAAAAAGGUUGCAAGAAGCAGCAAAAAAAUAUUAUCAAAAACAUACCUAUCAUAAAGGACGUAGAUUGUGUUAUAUUAAUACUUUUUGGAGUACUAAAAAAUCUACUGAGGAUAUUAAUGUAGAAAUAGAUAAUAGUACUAAUAUCAAAAAAGAAAAUACAAAUAGUGAGAUUUGGAUGUGUUUAAAUAGCAUUUGUCUUUACCUUCCACUUGUAAAAAACAACUAUUCAAAAAUAGAAGCAAGUAAUAUUGUUACUGAUGUAGCAGGAAAAAAAGAUAUCAUACUAAAAUUUGGAGCUUUCUUUGGAAUGAGAAUAUCCUCCUUCAA